GGUAUUCAAGUUGUUUUGCGACCUCACGCCAAACCUGCUGGCAAAGUUCUCGACUUCUCAAUAAUCCGUCAGAAUUUACCAUCUUUUAUCGCCGCUAUGUCUUCCAACGAGGAUAAAGAGCUUUCGGGCACCAAAAAAGAUUCAAUUUCGAAAAGACCAGACUUCUUGCACUCUGCACUCAACAAUCUUGGCCUCAAUUAUGUGCAAAAACGUCUAGUGGGCAUGCUUGGUGUGGAAAUUUUUGAUUCUAAAACCUCUAAAAUCACCGACAGAAAGAGAUUCAACAUCACUGUCGCAGGAAAAAGCAUUACUGUGAUCACUAACGGGGGCGAUUUUGGCUUAUUUGAGUGGUUUCCAACCGAAAUCAAACUGAAAAUAUGGGAAUACGCAUUGGAGGCUCCAAGAAUAAUUUCCAUUUCAUCCAAAGCUAUGAAACGCAAUUCCUUCGGCAUCAUUCCUACUCAAUUUUUCUAUAGUGGUCCACAAAAUUCUCAGCUAUAUGUCAAUCAUCUUACUCGUCAACAGGCCAUUCGAAGAUCAAAUCCUUUAAAUGAACGCAGGUUCUCUAGUGAUAAUUCCAAAUCAUUACUAACAACCACAUAUGAUGCCGCCAGUGAUACAAUUUGGAUCCGCGACAUCGACUUUUGGACAUAUCGAGACAGAAGAUGUAACUGGUCCGGUAUUCAUUUCAAUUGGAUGACCCGAAGUUUGGCCAUUACUGCAUCAUCUCCAGAGGCUCUUAUGGAAUGGAUGGAUUUUCAUUUAUUAUCUUAUAUUCUUGCUCAUUUCUUCAGUGAGUUGAAGGAACUAAUCGUCAUCAUGGAUUAUCUUGAUCUCACAACUCCUGGUGUAUGCGACGAAAUUACUUUUAUAAAUCUCACGCCAAAAGGUUUCUCGGAGGAGCGCGUUAUUAACAAGUAUUUACCAAAAAUUCUUUCCUUGUCUGAAGAGUUUAUAAUUGGUGUGAUUUCUGGGGAAUGGAAGCCAGAUUAUUGGUACACAUCGGUCUGUUCUAUGACCCAGUUAUUGAAGUCCUAUUUCAUGCGGAAACAGGAGACAACGCAGGCAAUACCAGAUCCAAAUAAGACUGUUUCAGCAAAGGAUGUGUACUGGGCUUUUCGGAAUAAAAAAAAUAAUCUCGAGAGGUUUGAUGCUCAGGCAGACGAAGAGAGACGUAAGAGAUCUGAAGUAUAUCGAAAACGGACUGUGCCAUCUGUGAAAUUCCUAGCCGCUACUACUUACAAGCAACUCGAGGAAACAGAUCGCAAGUAGAUGUUGCGGUAUAACAGCAUGGGACUGGAUAUCAAAUCCUGACAAAAUUUGGUAGUAUGAUAGGAAUGAAGAUUAGCA